GGGUCAUAGAAUUUCAUUCCACUUCCGCUCGAAGAGAAGAAAAAACCGAUCCCCCUUCCCCGUCCGGACCCUAGAAGAAUCCCAUUUCCCAGAGCAAGCGGAGCAGCGCGCGAGAGGGUCGGAGGCGGUGACACCGUCAAUCAGCACCCCGCAGGAGGAGGAGGACGACGACGGCGACGAGAUGGGCCUGUGCUCGUGCUGCUGCCGGUGCCUGGAGCUCCUGUGCUCCGUCCUCCUCCCGCCCCUCGGCGUCUGCCUCCGCCACGGCUGCUGCUCCAUGGAGUUCUGGAUCAGCGUGCUGCUCACCAUCCUCGGCUACCUCCCCGGCGUCCUCUAUGCCGUCUACGUCAUCUGCUCCGUCGACCCCCACCGCCACGACGACGACGACUAUGUCUACGUCGCCUGACCGACGGACGGAUCGCGGUGGCCCGUGCCUCUACCCUCCGCCGCGUGGAUUGCUGUCUAUCCGUAUGAUGUUAAUUAGUAGAACGAACGGAUCCUGUUCAUGUCCCCUGUAAACUCGUGUGUUCAGCCUUAAUCUGACAAUCUGAUCAAAUUAACUUGAUGGACUUGUGGGGUGGAGGUGUGACGAUACCACUCACCUACCAGAUUUGAAUUCUGACGCUCAAGAUUUAUUCAUAUAUAAGUGUUUUCAACGA